AUGUCUUACUCUUAUUGCCCACCCCAGGAUUGCUAUUAUGAUAUAUGCCCACACCCAUGCAUUGACGUCCGCAACGAGCCGUGUGUCACAUCAUGUGGAGAUUCGAGUGCAGUGGUUUAUGCGCCACCAGUUGUUGUGAGAUUCCCAGGACCAACUCUCGCUACUUGCCCUCAAGACAGCAUCGUGGGAACAACCUUACCAAAUUUGCCUGCAAGACCUGGAGUCUCAUAUGGUUCUGGUGGAGGUUUCAGAGGCUCAAUCGGUUCUGGGGGUAGCUAUGGUGGUGGUUAUGGGGGGGGUUACAAUGGUGGUGGUUACAGGGGAGGUAACAUUGUUGUUUAUGGGGGAGGAGCCAGGGGUGAUUAUGGGGGUGGUUAUGGAGGCUCAUAUGGUUAUGGGGGCUCAUGUGAUUAUAGCAGGAAGUCAUAUCGUAGCAUUUCUGGGGGAGGAUAUUCUGGGUCCAACUAUGGAAAUUGUGGGCCAUGUUAAACCCAGAAGAACGAUCCAUGGAAUGAGAAACAAUCAGGAAAUUACAAAAUACAGAUUCACCACUGAUCUAAUGGACAAUGAUGCCUACAACUCUACUUGCAACAC